AUGGUGGUAUCAUGUUUCAUAGAUGGUGAAUGGCUCAUCAGCUGUAAUAAAUAAAUUAUUUAGAAUUGUUUAUAAUAGCUUGCCGUCUUUUAAUAGAUAUAAUAAAAAUCCCCAUUAUAACUACCUAAAAAGAAUCCAAUAUCUCCUGAGGAAUUUUAAUUUAUGAAAUAAAGUAUGUCGUAAAAUAAAGGAUUUCAUUUGAUCUAAUAUCCGAUAAAUGGAUUAAACAACAUGGAACAUACGAAAUGCUCUCCAAUUUAUAGUCUUAAGAAACUGCAGAUUUAGUAUUAAAAUUUUGGUGAAAAUCGCUUGAUUCCAUAUAAUAAAGCAUACCGAAAAUUCCAGAAGAAGACUAAUUUAGACCUAUAAUAGUGCAAAGUCCAAUUAUGAAAUGGCUCGAGCUUAGAUUCCUACAUAAAAUUCAAAAAUUCUGUAAAAAGCACAUCAUUAAAGAAUAGUUUUGUUUCUUAAGAGGUGUUGGAACUCAGGCAUAAAUACUUAAACUCAUAACUAAUGUGCAAAAGUUUGAUAAAAAAGGUGCAGAUAUGCCAAUAUUAAUCACUUUUUAAAUAUAAUGCAUGUAUUGAAUAAAGAAGAAACAAUUUUUCUUAGAAACUUAAUGAGUUUGUAAUAUAUUUAAUGUGAUAAACAAAAAUAGCAUUCAAAAAUGGGGUGCCAUAAGGAAGCGUACUAUCACCGUUUCUAUUUGACAUAUAUACUUGCGUUUUUAUAAAAAAACUGGAUUAAAAUUUUGAUUCAAGGAAAAUAGAUCAUUUUUACCUUUAUGCCAAUGAUUUAGCAUUUAUUUGUAAGUUAUAAAAUAUCCAAUAACUAUUAAAUUGCUUGUAAUCUGUUUCAAGAGAAAUGAAUCUGCAUAUAAAUAUAAAGAAAUGUGCCAUAAUAAUGAUUUGUAAAAAAAAUAUAAAAGAAAUAGUAGAUAUAGCAUAAGCAUAGAGUAACCAUGGCAUUAAUUUUCAGAAGUCUUACAAAUACCUUGGUGUAGAAAUAGAUGGAAAAGGUAGUAUUAAUCGACAUUUAAUGAAUAUUUAGAAAAAAAUAAGUUAUAUAGAGUUACAAGUCUCAAGACUAUCUAGGAAGUUUGCAUUGGGAAAUUAAUUUCUACUGUGGGAUAUAUAUGUAAGACCUUAAAUAUCGUAUAAAUUCCCUUUAAUGUAUACCUAAAAUAAGCGUUGCAGAAAAAAAAAUAGAACUACUAUGGAAACAAAGUUUAAAAAGGAUUAUGGAACUUCCAAAAUUUACUAAAGAUGAAUUUCUACAACUAAUUUAAGGAAACUGCUUAGAUCUUGCCAAGGAAUAGUAAUGGAAAAAUGCGAUAAAGUGCUAAUCUAGACUAGGACUAGAAAUUAUUGAAGAGAAAGCUGGAAAAAGUAAAAAAAACUUAGAAAAUUUUGUUGUUAUGAAUCUUCCUAAUAAUAUCAGAAGAUUGUUUAUGCUAAAUCUUAGAAAGUGCAAAGAGAACCCUAAUUAGAGAUGUUGA